GCUCUAUGGCGACGCGGUGACGUCGCCGGCGGGGUGAGAGGUCACGGCGGCGGCGGCGGCGGCGCGGUGCGAGGGCAGCGGAGCCGCGUUCCGGCCCCGGUCAUGGCGGCCCGGCGGCUCCGCGGCGCCCUCCAGUUCGGGGCGCGGCAGCGGCUGCGGGCCGCGGCGGCCCAGCCCGGCAGGCACACGGCCCUGUGCGGCCUCUGGCUUGGCCGGCUCAGCCGGCUGGCAAACGGCACCGAGUGGGAGCCCCGGAUCCAGCCCAGCCGGUCCUUCCUCAACCUCACCAACAAGCGGAAGGAGUACUCGGAGCGGCGCAUCAUCGGGUACUCCAUGCAGGAGAUGUACGACGUGGUCUCCAACGUGGAGGACUACAAGAACUUCGUGCCCUGGUGCAAGAAGUCGGUGGUGGUCUCCAAGCGGACUGGCCAUGUCAAGGCGCAGCUGGAGGUGGGCUUCCCGCCCGUGGUGGAGCGCUACACCUCCAUCGUCACCCUUGUCCGUCCCCACCUCGUCAAGGCUGUCUGCACGGACGGGCGCCUCUUCAACCACCUGGAGACAAACUGGCGCUUCAGCCCUGGCAUCCCCGGCUACCCGCGGACCAGCACCGUGGAUUUCUCGAUCUCCUUUGAGUUUCGCUCCCUGCUGCACUCCCAGCUGGCCACCGUCUUCUUCGACGAGGUGGUCAAGCAGAUGGUGGCAGCCUUUGAGCGCCGGGCGGCCAAGAACUUCGGUCCCGAGACCCGCAUCCCCCGGGAGCUCAUGUUCCACGAGGUCCACCAGACGUGAGGGCGGCCCGGCCACCGCGGACUGUGCCAGGGCCCCGGGGCUGCCCACCCUGCGCCCACCCUCCUAAAUAUUUAUUUGAGUGCGUCUCUGCUGCCGUUGCCUCAACUUCCCUCCCCAGGAGCGGGAGGUAAUGCUCCUGCAAGCGUGGGGGCUGCCGUGAGCCCCUGGCCCCGCCACAGGAGCUGCGUCCCAGCGCUGGACUCCCUGGUUUUGUAGCUGAUUUUGGUUUUAAGUUUUAUUUUAAUUCUUGGGAUUUUUUUUUUUUUUUUUUUUUUGGUCCCCUUUUGUUCCUUUUAACUCCUCAGCAAGGCUGGAGGGUCCCAGCAGCGGGGAAGCUCCUGCGCCGGCCAUGCCGCCUCGCUCCGGGAGCGUGGGAGGAAGGUGGGUGUCCGCUGGCGAGGGAGCCCAGCUGGAUCCUGCUGGGGAAUGUGGGAGGGGAGGAGGCAGGAUGGGGCCCGGCUGCAGGGCCCCCCCUCCCCAGGCUCUCCCAGGAGCAGCACAGCGGUGCAGGGAGGAAACCCCGGCAGGAGCCAAACCCCAGCAGCACCCGCGCCGCUGCCAGCCCCGACGUCGCACAGUUUGCACAAGUCACACGCACAGGGAAGGGACGGGGCGGGUGCUGCCCCCCCCCAACCGCCCCCCCCCCCCCCCCCCCGCCACCCCCAGUGCCGCAGGGACCAGGAUGGCCCCAGCCCGUGGCCACCCCCCCGCAUCCCCCCCCCCCAGAUUCCAGCUCACCUUCCUUCCCUCGGCGGGGGGACAUGGAGGGGGAGGCUCCACCUUUGUUAAUAAAAACAUUUAUUUUGCA